CUAAUCGUUUCGCUCAAUCACUCGUCUAUCAACGAAUUGAUCUUCGCUCAAUCUCUCAUCAAUCACAGUCUAUUCUCCGAUUGAUCGAAUCAAUCGUCUAUCAUCGAAUUGGUUUCUCUUCUCUGCAUCGAUUCCUCGAGCAACAGCAACAGGCUAUGUCAAGAAAAAAUUCUGAGAAUAGGGGGAAGCGAAAGUAUGUUGUUUUAAACGGUACAGUGAGCACUCCGAAUCACCAUUUUCGAAAUAGAGGAUUGUCGGACAAUCUUCUUAUCGGUGAGAUAGAGACUUUCCGAAAGUUGCAUUAUAGAGAAAAAGAUGGUUGGGUUAAUGACUAUUCUCGCACUUCAUAUGAGAACAUGGUAGAGAUUAAGCGGCAAAGUGAAUCAACAGAAAAUCCUCCGGGUGAUCUAGAGAUUAUGCAACAAGUCUUAGGUAAAAGACCUGCAUAUAUUCGGGGAUGGUCUAGGGUCCCGAGCACUAGGAGCGAUUCUCCAAGUUCGCGACAUAGCACCGAUGCGUCAAGUCGAUUGAGCCACAGCGAGAUGUCUAAUAGACUUGCUUCAACCGAGUCCGAGCUUGCUUCUACCAAAUCCGAACUUGCUUCUACCAAAUCCGAGCUCUUUCUCAUGAAGGAUGAAGUCGCGGGGUUGCGACAAAUGGUUAGGUCAAUUAUAUCCGGCCGAUCAGUUCCAAGUUCAUCUUCAUUAACUGUUCAAGACCAACGUUCGGAGACUGAAGAUCGUUAA